AUGCUGUACAAAGCUUCCGACCAUCCUCCUAUAUAUUUGACUAUAUUUUGUGGUAUUCAGCACACACUCGUGUCGCUGUCUGGAGUAAUUGCAGUAUCCCUGCUGGUUGUUGAUGUGACAUGCGCGACAUUAGACGAGAAUAUCAAAACAACUUUACUCAGCUCCACAAUGUUUAUGUGUGGCAUCUGUACAAUUUUAAUGUCACUUGUCGGAUCAAGAUUACCAUUACUACAAGGCGCUGCUGGGGAUUUCCUUAUUCCACUUCUAGCUAUGCAAGUUCUAGAUCCAACUAAAUGUGAUGUUCGUAGCGUUUUGAAUGAUUUCAACAGUUCCACUACAGCACCAAACAUCAGUUUUGACGACGCUGUGUACCAGUAUGACUUUAUUGUGAAUAACAUUCGAGACUUACAGGGGAGUUUAAUAGCUGCAGGCACCUGUCAGUUUCUUAUUGGAGCAACCGGAAUAGUCAGCUUACUGUUGAAAUUCAUUGGACCAAUUACCAUUGUCCCUACAUUGUUUCUAAGUUGUGUCUUUAUAGUUCGUGCAUGUGUAAAGUUUGCAAAAGUUAACUGGGGAGUUGCAAUGAUGGUUGUUGUGAUUGCUCUAGUUUUAUCGUUAUACCUAAGUCACCGUAAGACACCAAUACCAUUAUGGACAAAGAAAAAAGGUUUCCAUAUUCUAUGGUUUCCUUUGCAUCAAGUCUAUUCAAUUUUAAUAGCAAUAUUAGUUGGAUGGCUGGUUUGUGGAAUCAUGACAGCAGCGGGUGCGUUCGAACCAGAUGAUAUUUACGCAAGAACAGAUUCCCGAUUAGAUGUUAUAAGAGACGCAGCAUGGUUCAAAUUUCCAUAUCCAGGGCAGUUUGGAAGGAUAUCAUUUAGCACCAGUGUAUUUGCCGGUUUUAUGAUCGGAACAAUCACUUCAAUACUUGAUUCCAUUGGUGACUAUUAUGCAUGCGCAAAGAUGUGUAACCUCCCGCCUCCUCCUGCACACACUGUCAACAGAGGGAUAGCAAUAGAGGGAUUUUGCAGUUUGAUAGCAGGGUUUCUGGGAUGUGGGCACGCAACCACGACCUAUGGUGGAAAUAUUGGCGCAAUUGGAGUCACAAGAGUUGCCAGUCGAGAUGUCUUUAUUGCCACUGGGGUUAUAUAUUUUAUAUUUGGACUUAUAGGGAAGAUAUCAGCUGUUUUUCUAAUAAUCCCUUACCCUGUACUUGGCGGUGCUCUUAUUGUAAUGUUUGGUAUGUUCAACGGUGUUGUACUGUCAAAUCUACAGGUGGUAUCACUAAGUUCUACCAGAAACCUUGCUAUCAUAGGGACAGCUAUCCUGUUUGGAUUAAUGAUACCAUAUUGGUUGGAGACAAAUCCUGAUGCAAUACAAACAGGAUCUACAUCAAGAGAUGGUGUAAUAAAGAUGUUAUUAGUCAAUCCAAAUCUUUGUGGAGGUGUUGUGGCUUGUCUUUUAGACAACACAGUGAGAGGAACACUAGAGGAGAGGGGUAUAGCUGCUUGGCAAAAAAUGGUAGACGACAAAGCAGACGACAAAGCAGACGUGAAUGACGAGUACGAUUGUGAUGCUAGUUUCUACGAUAUUUAUAUUCCAGAAAAUUGGAAACAAUCUAAGCUUGUUCAAAUUUUACCGUUUCUUCCAUCAUAUAAAAAAUGAAAUUU